AUGUCUUUAUAAUUAGAAUAGAGAAUUUGCAAAGUUCAUAAUUAAUUAAUUAUUGCCACUGAUAUUAAAAAGGGUUGUAAUCAAGAAAAUAUACAUUUUUGUUGUUAAUGUUUAAUACAAAAAACUAAGGAAUAAACAAUACAUAUUAAUGAGGUUGCUUAAAGUUAUUUAGAUGAUAUCAAAACAGAUUAUUUAUAAGUAAAAACAAAAAGUUUUCAAAAAACUUAAAAUAUUCUAAACUAACUCUAAAAUUUUAUUGAUGAACUUAAAAUAAGUUUAGUACUUAUUUGUGAUAAAAUAACAUAAUAAAUUAUUUAAGAAAGUGAGAGAUAAUCAAGUCUUUUAGAUAAUUUGAAUCAAACAAUCAAAUCAAUUGAUGUUUAUAAUUUUAAUGAAUUAUUUCCAAAACUACAUAAUGAAGAUAUUGAAAAUUCAGAAACUCUAUUUAAAAGUAUUUUAUAAUCUCAGAUACUAUAAAUAUCAAAUCACAAAAAAAUAGAAGAAUUUCUUAAAUGUGUAGAUUCUUUUGAAAUUUAAACUUAUAAGUAGGAAUUCUAUUAAAGUGAUCAAAAAUAAUAAAAUUGUGAUGAAAACUAUAUUGUAAUAAAUUCUAUUUAUAAUUUAUAGGACACUCCAGGAUUGAAAGUACUUUGUCAAAAUCAUAAUAGAGAGAUAAUAGCUUUUGAUUUAGAUCCAGAACGAGCUAAGGAAAAUAGAUUAGCUUGCAUUUAUUGCAUUGAAGAUAGUCCAAUAAAAUAUUUUUCAUUGACAUAUGUCUAAAAAUAAUGGAAUUAAUUAUAAUAAAUAAAAUAAAAAAAGAUGGAAUCAUUAUAAUAAAAGAACUAUGAUAACAAAUAGGUAAUAUUAUAAUAAUUAAAUAUUUUCACAUAAGAAUUAUAAUAGAAAAAUAAUUAAAUUAUUGAUAAUCUAAAAGAACAUCAAUCUAUUGUAAAUAAUAUAGCAAACUUAGCCUUCCAAGAAAUUAAUGAAGAUUGGUAAAAUUUAUAAAACAAAAAAAUUCUUGAUAUACUUGAAAUUUUGUCAAAUACUUAAUUAAAUGAUAAAAUAUCAUUUCCAUAAGAAAAUGAAAUAUUAGAGUAGGAAAUUAGAUUAAAUUAAAACAUUUAUAAUUCACUUUAAAAAAUUAAAGAAACCUUUAUGAAUAUAAUUCAAAAAAUUUCAGAAAAAAUUAAUUUGGAUUAGGAUAUGUUAUCUUUAAAUGCUAUAAAAUUACCUAAUAAAGAACUUAUAUUAAAGCAAAAUGAGAUAUAAUUAAAUAUAUAGAUACAAGAAGAAUAAAAAUAAUAAUAAAUUAAAUAAACUUAAACAGAAUAAAUUUCAGAAUUUUAAGGAUAAUUAAAUUAUAUAAUGUAGUAAAAUCAUGCAAUAAAAUAGAAUGAUAAUUUUAGAGCAAUAGGAUUUACAACAGAGAAUGACUUUUUGAUUGCAGGUUGCAAUAAAACAAUAUAGAUUUAUAAAUUUUAUUGUGGGUAAUUAGAACUUGUUUAAUAAAUAGAUAAACAUGAAUAUAAUAUAAGUUCAAUCUAUAUUAUGAAUAAAAGUAAAUCCUUUGUUUCAGGAGAUUUUAAUGGAAAAAUAAUAUUUUGGACAUUAGAAGAGAAUGAAUGGAAAUCUAUAGCUGAAUUAAAAGAACAUUCUGAUUAUGUUAAUUAGAUAAUAAUGAAUAAAGAUGAGAAUUAAAUGAUAACAUGUAGUGAUGACAAAUGUAUUAAAAUUUAUACAAUUGAAUAAUAAUAAUGGAAAUGUGUAUAGACUAUAGAGAAUCAUCAAAAUAAUGUUAAAGCUAUAUCAUUGAAUUCUUCUGAAAAUGUUUUAGUAUCAUGUGGAAUUGAUAACAUAAUAUUAAUAAUUGUUAAAGAUAAUAUUGAAUAAGUAUGGUAGGUAAAAUAAACAAUUAAGAAUGAAAUUUAUGGUUAUAGAAUUUGUUUCAUUAAAAAUAAUAAUUUCUUAUUUCUACCUUAAGGAUAAUAAAAAAUGUGGUUAUAUUAAUAAUAAAAUGAGAAUGGAGAAUAUGAAAAGACAAAGGAAUUUGAUGUGAAUAAGAUAAAUAGCAAUUGUAGUAGAUGGUUUUAGUUGGAAUAUAAAGAAUAGAAUUAAAUAUUAUUAUGUAAGAAUGGAAAUUGUGUUAAUUUAUUUAAAGUGUAGGAUGAUUGUUCAUUAAUGGCUGAAUAAACAAUUUAAUUUGAAACAUAAGGUAUUUAUGGAUUAAUUAGUAAUGAUUCUUUAUAUUUAAUAUUAUGGGAUGAAAAAUCAAAGUAAUUUUAGAUUAGAAAGUAAUAUAUUGAAUGA